GCUCCCGAAGUUAUUGAUUUCAGACCACCCUUUGCUAUAGCGGGUCGACUGCUGCUGAAUCGUGCUCUUCGACCGACCGAAAUCCGCGGAAAUGUCCAAAAAAUCGUCGAUCUACGCCCUUAUCGUGCACUAGCGAAAACAUGACUUCCAAAAAACACAAGAAACGAUCAGUUCGAGGUUGAUUUUAUACAAAAACCCGAGUUUUCCAGUUUCGGUGAGUGGCUGAUUGUUUAUUGAAAACGUGACUGUAAUAAUAAAAAAGCAACUGUGAUUGACAAUUUGCGGCAAUUAUUCAAAAACACUGCUCGAUGCUAAGGAUAUAUCAUGGAUUUGGAAAAUUAUCGUGUAGUUUCGAGGGAAAGUUUCAAAAUUAGGGCAAAAUCAUUGGCAAGUACGCGAAGCGGUGGUAAAGAAAUGUGAUAUUUACAAGUGGAAGAUAAUUGUGAAAAUGCAGAAAGAAAACACGAAUUCUGGUGAGGUUCAGCACCAAUAUGUUGGGCCUUACCGUUUGGAGAAAACCUUGGGCAAAGGCCAGACAGGUCUGGUUAAGCUUGGAGUGCAAUGCGUAACCGGAAAGAAAGUCGCCAUUAAGAUAAUUAACAGGGAGAAGCUGAGUGAAAGUGUUCUAAUGAAGGUGGAACGAGAAAUAGCCAUAAUGAAACUAAUAGAUCAUCCGCACGUCUUGGGAUUGGCGGACGUCUACGAAAACAAAAAGUAUCUAUAUUUAGUGCUCGAGCACGUAUCCGGAGGAGAACUGUUCGACUAUCUCGUUAAGAAGGGCCGACUGACACCCAAAGAAGCCCGAAGAUUCUUCAGGCAAAUCAUAUCAGCCCUGGACUUUUGCCAUAGUCAUAGCAUUUGCCACCGAGACCUAAAACCUGAGAAUCUCCUACUAGACGAGAAAAAUAACAUCAAAAUAGCCGAUUUUGGGAUGGCCUCCUUACAACCAAUGGGUUCUAUGUUAGAAACCAGCUGCGGAUCACCUCAUUACGCCUGUCCCGAAGUAAUCAGGGGUGAAAAGUACGACGGCCGGAAAGCGGACGUGUGGUCAUGUGGCGUCAUAUUGUACGCUCUUCUGGUCGGAGCUCUGCCUUUUGACGACGACAAUUUGAGGCAAUUACUUGAAAAAGUCAAGCGAGGAGUGUUUCAUAUACCGCAUUUCGUGCCCCCCGACUGUCAGAGCCUAUUGCGAGGCAUGAUUGAGGUCCAUCCGGAAAAAAGGCUAACGCUGUGCGACAUCAACAAACACCCAUGGGUGACUGCUGGUGGAAAAGGUGAGCUUGAACUAGAACAGCCCAUGAUGGAAGUGGUCCAAACCCACGUGUUGCCGUCCAUUGAAGCCGUGGAUCCAGACGUUUUGCAAGCCAUUUGCAGUUUAGGUUGUUUCAAAGAGAAAGAGAAACUAAUCCAGCACUUGCUCAGUCCCAGCCAUAACACUGAAAAAGUGAUCUACUUUCUGCUACUGGAGCGGAAGCGCAGGCGGCCAGCUUUUGAGGAUGACACUGACUCAGUGCUAAGGAUACGUCCGAAUGAGUCAGUGGAUCCGCCCAAGAAGCGCAUCGAUACCUGCCGAGUCAAUGGCCAGUCUACUUUGCAGUUUGGGCAGAUUAGUGAGGGAUCGCCAUUAACGCCUCGAAGAUCUCAUUACAAGCGCCAUCAUGCCCGAAGGAGUCCAUCCACUGGCAGUACUCAUAGUAAUCUUAGCAUUCAUUCACCUACCAGAUCAUCGGGCGCUUCAAGUCCAGUCAUGUUCAACAGUAUUCCUUCAAACACUCACUUAAUAUUUUUAGCUGGAAUGUCAUCGCCAGUGAGCCAACGUACGACACCGUCCUCCCAUCUAUCGACUCCUCUUACACCUGCACAUAGAGCAUCAGCUCACGUGCCCUCAACUACUCAGGUGACUGUAACUCCUCCGCCCUCUACCCCCACGCAUCACCGGGCGAACAGUAGUGGGGGUACCACUGUCUCCCUUACAUCACCCGAAAGUGAUACUAGUAGUUUAGUUACAGGUUCUAAUAUUCUAACCCCGAUGACUCCGCCCGGCUCGCCACACCUAAGCACGACAAGUCACCAUUGGAGGUCCAGAUUGACGACCAUUAAAAAUAGCUUUUUAGGAUCGCCUAGAUUCCACAGAAGGAAAAUGCAAACUUCAUCGGAAGAAGUCCAUCUGACACCGGAGUCAUCGCCGGAACUGACCAAGAAGUCCUGGUUUGGCAGUUUGAUGACGACCGAAAAAGAUGAAACGUUCACUAUAUUAGUGCAAGGAAAACCGCUCGCCACAGUAAAAGCUGACCUGAUACACGCCUUUCUAUCGAUAGCUGAACUAAGUCAUUCAGUAUCCAGUCCAAUGUCAUUUAGAGUAGAAUACAAAAGGGGCACAACGGGACCAGCCAUGUUCCAAAGACAUGUCCGAUUUCAAGUGGAUAUUUCCAUUCUAACGAAGCAGCAGGAAAACCCUAAGGAAUAUUUGUAUGCAAUCACCUUCAAUUUGCUGUCAGGUAAUAUAAGGCGGUUCAGACGAGUGUGCGAACACAUUCAGACUCAAGUAUGCACGAGAAGACCUCCGCCCAGUCCCAGAGCUCAAAGAAAAUUCACAACGGAGCUCAGUGAGAGUUCCAGCUGUGGAUCGGAUUCCAGCGAGUUGUAUUUGAACACUAGACAAGUAAACGUUCUACAAAUGGAGAACAGCGACCUGGAGAGUGAAUGUAGCGUGUUUGAUGUUCGGACAGCGUCUCGUGACGUGUCCCGACGCGCUUCCACUAACAACAAUACGGAAACGAUGGAACAAAACCCGCCCGGUACCCCUAAAGCUGUUCGUUCCAACUCAGAAAAUACGGAUUCCUGUGAGAAAACCUGCAUCACCACCAUGUCCGGUAGUUCCAUUGCGUAAUAUUGGAUAGUUCUCGGCAGUAGAGUAUGGAAAAACGUUCAAUUUUGGCUUGAUCUAUUUAGUUGUUGGUACAGUAUGGUGUUUAGACGAUUAGCGCGAAGAAUUUCCUAUGGCUGGUACGACUACUUCAAAACGUUAUGAAUUGCAGACUGGCCAAGCAUUGUCUGUUCGCUUAGAUCCUAAGCAUAAAGGCAGUUCAAGAUAUUACCCAAUAUUGGCGAUUUUUAGCAUAGCAACUUCGUAUUUACCUGUCUCUAAUUUAAUAGUUAAAAUUGUUUAAAAUGCAUUGCGUUUACUUAUUAACUGCUAUUUAAAUAUUAUAUUUGUUGUUACUUUACGAUGCCCUGUAUAUACUAGGCAAACUCGCCUGAAUGUUUGAUCCUAGAAGCUAAAUAAAAUAAUCAAAAUGUUCAAAAUGCAUGGGCCUUUGAGGAAUCAUCCGCUCUUUGUAUGGGAACCGCAACAAAGUGCAAUAUUCAUUCAAAAACUGGCUGGCCAGUUUUGGAUCUGAUCUAAAGUGUUCAGUUACACGUCCGGUUUAGUGCUAUUUUUUUUAACUCAACCCUCAGCCCCUCCAUUAGAACUGUAGACUGUUCUUUUACGCGACGCGUAGCUUUGCAUAGCCCCCGUUUGCAGCCGACAGAAAAUUGUUUAAAAACUAUUUUUGGUAAUAAUAAUAAUAUAACUAGAAGUAAACGUUUACAAACUAAAACACCAAGCAUAGUAUUAUGUAUAAAGAAUAGCGCUAGAUUACAUUUAAGGCAUAAUCAGUGAGGUUGAAAUAAAGUACAUUCUAAUUCAGAGAAAAGCUGUCCUUAAAUUUAGGUUGCGGCAAACCAAAUUAACAAGCUGGUUUAAUUCAAAACCUGCAAAUUUUAAUUCUUUAGUUGCAGAAAAAUGGCUUUCCAUUCUGUAUGUUUUUAGUUCAAAAGUCAUUUAGUUGCGCUUUUUACAAACGCGUUUUGACUCUGCUUGAACGGCAGGAGAAAGGAUUAAUUUAGAAUAUGAAAGUUGGAUAGGAAUCACCCUUGAGAGUUUGAGAUAGUGGAUAUUCACCAAGCAUCAAGUUGAAAACUUUCGCUUCAGGUCACGCAAAGAAUCUAGUCGAAAAACACAUGUUUUGCAAUGUUUCAACUACUGAUACCUACGUUUUCCGGAAGUUUUAUUAAUUUUUAAUGCACAUUUGGGCUACCAACAACUGGUUGAACAGUGGUGGGCUAUUUAUCUAAUUAUAUAUAUAAACCCCAUGACCCUACCAGUAAAUGUAAUAGGCUUUAUGUAAAUAUGCAAGAAGUGUGCUUAUGUACUUUGACUUGUUCUAUUUCAAUGUAAGUGUCCGAAAUUAUCUAAUUCGUAUUAUCGUACUGUUAUGGAACUUUAUUUGGAUUAUACGUAAGAAGGAUCCCAUCCGAGUCUAGGGAAAACCAUGUUAUUAGAUAGGAAAAAAAUUAUAAUUGUGUAUAUAGUGUGUCUCACUGGAAACAAACUGCAACCUCACCUCUGAAUAAAUUUAUAUUUCAUUAGCGUUGCUAGUGAGACACCUUAUACAUAAUAAGUAUAAUACUGGAUAAAACAACUUUUACAUUUUCUUACACGAAAACAGGUCUUUCCACCCUGGUAUUAUUUAUACACCUUUCAUAAAUAGUUCGAAUCAGAUUUUCCUGCAAUUGUUCAAUAUUUUAGCUUCGAAAAUGUUAAAGUUGCCUUGCCAAUAUUAUAACUAAUAAACUUACACUUGUAAAUGAAAUAUAUCAGUUUAAAAUCUAGCUCAUUGGUCAUUCAUAUCUGCUUAGGAUGACAACCGACUGAAGAUAAGCACAUCCAAUAUUCACUGUUCCAUGUGUUUGAAGCCUUGAAACUUGAAGAUUUUAUUGAAUUUUUCAUAACUUCAAUAGCAAGUGCUUAUCCGCAGAAGGAUCUGAAUCAUCAUUAAAAACAUCGUGUAAACAUAUCAUUCGAGCAGCAUCAUGUUUUGUAACAAAGCCUUUCUUCUCUAUUUUACGCCUAUUUUGUUGUAAAUCCAGUGGCGUAUGUAAGAUCAGGGACUUUUUGGCCAGUUUACCAACCCUCAAAGUUUCAAAAUUGCUCUUGGUGAGAUUUUCUACCAUUCGGCCACUGAACAAGUUAUGUGCAGUUAAUAUGUUGUAGUAGAAAUUAAGCUAUAAUUAACAGCUAUACAAAAUCGCUAAAUCUGCAAGUAAAGACCAAAAAAAAAUGAUCGAGCCGAUUUAAUGAAGAAAAACGAAAAAGCUAUUAACUGCAUGUAAGAAGACGAAUCGGAUAUAUUUACGCAAUUACCCGAUUACUAAUCAAUAGUUAUUUAGUGAUUCCAGUGUAAGAUAAACCACAUUUGUUUAUAUUUUAGCUAUAACAAAUAUUUUACACUUAAUCGUUGUCGUUAUAUUUCAGGCUUGAGUUAUAUUAUUAAUUUAUCUUAUGUGUAAGUGCUUGUAAAUAAUAUUGUGAUAAUAAUAAAUCAAUUUGCACAAUUA